CGAUUGCAUGAUUAAAAAAAAUUUAAGAGAAAAUUCUCUCCGUGUAUUACAAAUCACAUACACGUCUAAACACAUUGCGUAGUCAAUACGGGAAUUAAUAUCUAGAAAAGCGAAGAAAUUACAAGAAUGCCGUUAGUGGCAUCUACAAUAUAUGGAAAACCGAAGGAUUUUUCGGGCUAUGGAGAGGGGCGAUACCCACGAUGGGCAGAGCGGCGAUUGUAAAUGGAGCACAGCUAGGUACAUACACAAAAGCGAAGAUGUUGUUACGAGACACAGAAUUCAAAGUUGGACGCAGCCUACGAAACCACCUGGCGUCAUGGCUACGAUCGUUAAUAAUGUUAAAACGGAAGGUAUUACGUCACUGUGGCGCGGUUUCCUCCCGUACUAUUCCAGAGCUGCGCCCAAUACUGUAAUCACCAUGGUGUGCGUCGAUCAACUUCAUCGAAUGUAUUCAACAUUUUUCCCAGGAUCGCAAUAA